CGCCCCCUCAGCCUUGUAUCCGCAAGUAUUGCGAACUAAGUAUUUCAGUAUUGGCGACAACUCGCUCGCAAGCAGCCCGGCUGAUUGAUCGCUGCUGACAUUAUCGGCAUCAGGCAGCACGAGUUGGCGCGUGCUGCGUCAGUUAUCCGUGUACCAUCAGGGAGCUAGGGUUAAUAUCAUGCUCCGUUCUGCCGGGACAGGCAAGUGAGGCGGACCAGGGCGGAAUGGCGGGAUGGGCUGGACGGAAUCCGGAACGUCAAGGGAAACGUCAAGUUCAGGGUGGGUUGCAAUUUCCAAAUAGCUUGUUUAUAGUGCUGGAGCGACGCGUCGGAGAACACGGCUGGAUCUCUCCUACUCCGCAAUCUACGAAUGUUGAAGGAGGGUAUGACGAUGAUAAGCCACUGGGGCCGUGAAACAUUAAUUUCGGAUGAAGCUGGUCCCCCUGGGCAAAGCUUCCAUCAGGACGCCGCGUCCAGAGGGCCCGCUUCCAUGAGGACGCCGAUCCGCCGUGCCAGAAUUGUUCCUCAUGUUUUGAAUAGUUCUUAUUCAAGCUUCCGCGAAGGUGACCACCGUGGCGAACCUCGCCGCUGGCUUCAUUGCUGCUUUGGUCGGUUUCGCUGGACCGGCCAUCAUGAAGGUGGCCCCGAAGCCAGCGCUGCUGAUCGCCUUAGCCGGCGUCGGCUUGACGCAUCUGGGCAUUGCCCAGUUGAUGAAGGUUUUCUCCGCGGGCCACCUGGGCUUUGUGCCACUGGCCACUGCGGUGCUGGGUUAUUUCGUCGGGGUCAAGUUCAACCCGAUUCCGAACGCAGUCAUGAUCAUGUUGUCUGGUGCUUUCAUGGGAUGGUUUUUCAGCUCAGGAUGGCCAGAGGACACGGUCAACAAGGAUGGCGGUACGUGGCAGGCGGUGAAGAAUGCCGGUUCGAUCUUUAGCAUUUAUUUGCCUCAACCUUUGGAUGCGCAGGCCUUCCUGGAGAUACCAGAGGUGGCGAUCGAGAACCUUUCAGUCAUUUUGCCCGUAGCGUUCGUCGGCGCCAUCAACACAUUAGUAUCUGUGUAUAAUGCGCACGAGGCGGGUGACCCGUACAGCGUGAAGGAGGCGCUUGUCAUCGAUGGAUGCACGACGAUCGUGUCAGCUUUGUUUGGAUCUCCUUUUGGCACGUGUGUCUUCUGCAGCCACAAACCAUUGAAGCGCGCGGGAGGGACAAUCUAUUAUUCCUUCUUUAAUUGUGGCCUGUUCUGCUUCAUGUGCCUCACGGGGCAGUUCUCAAUGGUGGCCGCGCUCGUCCCUCCGUAUGCCAUCGCGCCAAUCGUUCUGUUCAUUGGGCUCGCAAUCAACCAGGACGCCUUCGGCAACAUCGAGAACAGGCACCUCCCCGCGGCUAUCAUCGGGCUGAUGCCGGCCAUUGCAGACUGGGCGAAUUCCCAGAUGACAGGGACGAGGAAUCCCACGCUGGAGGCUCUGGGUUAUGGCUCCUUGCUGUCCGCGAUCAUCUUCACAGCACUGGUCGUCUUCGCCAUCAACGGCAACUUCCUGCAGUGCUCGAUUUGGUCGCUUGUUGGGGCGCUCUUGGCGACCUUCGGUAUUGUCCAUCAGCCUCGUGCCGAUCUUACCUUCAGGACCUUCACGGGCAAGAAGGGCGCCUUCGGCGUCUCGCAGUGCGCCUUCAUGCUCGGCUACCUGAGCCUGGCCGCCGUGUUCGCAGCUCUGGACUACCUGCAGCGCCAGGGCAACCCGCGCGUGCCCGAGAAGAAGUUGGACCCGAGCGAGGCCGAGACCCAGGAAGAGAUCGUCAUGGAACUGGUCAGGGUCCGCACCAAGAGCACGCUCAACGAGAGUUUCAUUGGACAGUGACGGCGUGAGCAGCAGUGCUGGUGCGAGCAGCAGUGGCGGCAAGCGGUGGCAGCGGCAGUGCGAGCAACACAGACAUGGAGGGAGACGCAGGCAUCUUUAUGACUGAGUAGCCUCAGCAUCGUCCGAAUUAAUUUGUAGCGCGGGUGGCUUACAUGUAACUAUUCUUGUCAGAUCGGCGCAGAUGGUCUCAUCAACUGUGAUCCGCGCAAGUGGCGUGGUCGCCCCCCGUAGAUUUAUCAGCGUGUGUUGCGUACAGCGGCAGGUCUUCAAGAAACACCUCCGAGGAAGGGGAUCUUACACAGUCCUUCAAUAGGUUGGGGCGGCCAUCCUUUUGCAGAAAGAGUGCCUGGAGGGCACCCAGUGGCAGACAUUGGCUUGGGCGUGCUGGCGGAAGACGACCGCACGCAAAGUCGAAAAAGGAAGGGGGCACGACGGCACACAAUCGCAUGGCUGCUCGCU